AUGACACCUAGUGGAACGGCACGUACUCCGUUGAGUGAUACUCAUAGUAAUAUUGAGACACUGGAUGUCGGUAAAGACAUUGGCUCUCUUAUAGAGCAAGUGAAGGUCGAUGACCUUGUUAGUGAUGCCACCUGUGAUAUUGACUCGCUGGAUGUCGGUAAUGACAUCAGCUCUCGUAUAGAGCAAGCUAAGGUCGAAGAUCCUGUUAGUGAUGUAACAUGUGACGAUGACUCACUGAAUGUUAGUGAUGACAUCGGCUCUCGCAUAGGGCAGCGUCGCCAGAUGGCGGCUGCGAGACGUAAAGCGUCUGCUUUAUCACAUAGUAAUGUCAGUGACCAGUUGUACACCCUGUUAAACGGAGUGACAGGUGAUGUAGAUGGUGAGGUUGACCUUGAGGCCUUCCCAUCAUUAAAUGCUCUCUUAGAGCUAAAAGAAAUGUAUGUGGAUGAGUUUUAUCAAGCCUUGAAGGCUGGUGUUCUACCCGAUAUGGUGGUAAUUCGACCUAAUCUCGAGCUGAACUCAUCCUCGCUUGUCGAUGAGGCAGUCCUUGAAGAUACAAAGGCAGCACUUAGUGCACGUAGUGGAGCAUCUAUUCUGAAGAACCCUUCAGAUCCCUACUAUCCUUUAGUUGAGGGAUUUCAGGACGUGGUGUGUCACGAUCCACCGUCGGUUCUACCGCCUGAUAGGGAUGUACGUCAUGAGAUUGAUUUGGUUCCUGGAACCAAAUGCUGCGUAACACGGCAGUGGACUUUACCCAAAGAACAGUGUGACGUCAUUGACGAGUUCUUUCGUGCAAAUCAUGCGGCAGGUAUGGUGCGCGAGAAGUAG